GACAGCUCAUGACGUUUCUAUCCAACGAAGUAGUAAUCAAAACAAUACACAAUACAAAAAUCGGAUUCAAAAUGUAAGUAUGGAUUAAUUUAAUCAUUUUAAAUUAGUGACUCAUGUGGUUGAACAAUGAAGUUAAUUGUUUAAUUUCAAUGUUAUUAUUAGGCUGAGUAUGGGCUCAGCUGUCUCUAUACAUUGAAACACACACAACAUAUGAGUGCCGACGGUCAAUACGGAUGCUUCCUUCAAAAAAAUAUCGAGUUUGCGUACUGUGAAUUUUCACUUCAUUCUCAAGCAUUGUGUGAAAAAGUGAUAUUUAACACGCAGAAAAUGUUGGUGUCAUAGGGAAAUCGCGAGGAAAAAUCCGUAGUUUUUGUGAAAAUACUUCCUGAAUUUAAGAAAAACGCUUAGUUCAUUAGUUAUUCGAGCAUAGUAAAGAAAAUAUCGUGAAUUUCUGGUGUGAUUUCUGUAGUUGUUCUUUAUAAAGUAGGAGUGAGAAUAAGCCAUGAAUGAAAGUGGUGAAGUCAAUACACUCAUAAAUACGGCCGUGCAGUAUCCAAAGGAUGAAGUAGUGAAUGGAACAAAAUUCAUAGACGAAACCGUGAAUGUUUUAAGUCAAAAACAUGAAAAACAUUCCACGGUGAUGACCAGCAGCGUAGCUAGCGCAUUGGAUGACUCAACUCCCAGCGAUUCCGGUGUACAGUUAAUGGACUCAAUGUCAAGUGAUAUGAAUGAGUCAUUUAUGUCAAACUUCGGUUUAGAUUACGACGGCAUGACACCCAGUGGAUAUAAGCAAGGAUCAAGUGGCGUUGAUGAGGUCAGUGGAAACGCAUCGGUUUUACCCGAUAUCGUAAUGGCCAGCGAUUCAGAAUUAGUUAGCCGAAAUGUAAAACAUUGCAUGGAUAUCGAUGAAAUUGCAUUGACAAAAAGCGACAUUGACAAUUCGAAUGUGGGCUCGGAUUUUCUACUCCCCACGGAUGACACUGCGAAUAAUGACAUUCCCGACGCAAUGAAAACCAGCACAUGCUCAACAUUCGACACGGAUGCGAUCGUUUUUCGGCGAAAAGUGAGAAAACCACGAACUAACUCGACUAGCAGCGGUGGUGGCAGUGUUAAAAAGCGUGUUUCAUUCCAUGAGGAUAUAUUGAAAAAUACCAAAACCGAUAACAUUCACAUCGAGCGCGGAUUUGUUACGUAUAAAGGUGGAUCAAAGAAGAUGCCGUAUCGCUUUCUCCGAAAUUCAUGGUGCUCUCAAGGUCAAUGCGAAGAUUAUGGCGAUAAUAUUGGCCAUGCUUGCUACCGCAAUGCAUGCUCAGAUGUACUCGACUACGGACAAGUGGAUGUGUACGACCAACAUGAAGAUGGAAUGAUUCCAUUCGAUAAUUCGGGCGUUUUUGAAUACGUUGUGCCAAGAGAAACAAAUGUUUCACCGCCUCUUCAAAAAGCCCACCAACCGCAAAUGAAAAAAGCCGCAUCGAACGAAGAGCGAGCAUUUUACCAUUGCAAAUGCUCCGAUUCAAAUUCAAGCCUCGAGUCAAACGACAAUGCAAAUGGAAAUGACAGCAAACGCAUCGAUUACUCAAAGACAAAAUCGAGCUCAUGUGAUUGCAUCGGUCAAAAUGAGAGUAAUAAAAUUAACAACAACGGUUCGCCAAACAUGACGGACAACUGCUAUUUCUCAGAGCCGUGCAUUGAAACGAUGUACGAAGUGGAACCGAAUCAACCGAAAUCGGUGUGGUGCAAAGAAUUGAAACCAAAAAGUAGUUGCUUAAAGAAAACGAUGCGCGAUACCUCGGUGAUUCUAGAGCAUGAUGUGAGCACAAAAGUGAAAAAGUUCAACGUACAUCAAUUGCCGGAUGUAAAUCAUUUGUUCGGAUCGUUGAAGAAUAUAUUUUCAACGAUUCCAGAACGUGGCGUUCCAGAGGGAUGCGAAGAUUUGCACAAUGUUUACGAAUGUGUACCGGAAAUGGAUUCACCGAUGAAAAUUGUGACGGAACAAACGAAGACGCAGUUAAAGCUAACGCCCGAUCAAGAGCUAUCGCCAGCUCAAACUCCACCAGGUUCACAAUCAAAACGCAAACCCGAACUCUCACUCUUCCCAAUCCCAUCUGCCGAUGAUAUGAUGAAUGUGACGAUUGCCGAUGACACAGUGAACUUUGAAGCUGAAGAGGCGUCUCCAUGUCGACCAACCCAAUUUCGUAAUAAAUUCAUUGUGAAUUGUGAGAGCACGGUGUUUGAGCAUACGGGCUUUUUUGAACAAAAUCCCAUGCAAGACAUUCCCGAAUUCCCCAACUCCAGCUCCAACUGUGUCACACCGCAAAAACCAAGCAAAUCGAUUUUAAACUUUUCAACGGCGUCGGUGAAACAGAAAAUCGGCAGCCUUUUCUCGUCAUUCCGUAGCAGUGGCAGCAGCACAAAAACCAGUUCCGCCAAUAAUUCACCAAAAUCAGCGUCGACGCAGUGUUUGUUCCUCGAGCGACAGAUGCAGCAAGAGCAAUUGCAGGCUCAAUUAAAAAAAUUGCAAGACGAGCAAAUGGUGCGAUCAUGGGAUUCAUCGUAUGAUUACUAUAAAAGUAAUCCAAGCGCCAAAAAUCCAUUCGACGACGGUGACUCGAGCAUGACGUCCAGCAUCAUUUCGAAUUCAAGCGACAAAAAUUCCAUAAUGUCAAGCAGCACAAUGACCACAUCGACAAAUACCACAUCAAAUCAAGAGCGCGAACGAUUCAACGUACCAAAGUUUUACGAAAAAACACCAUCACCCAGCACCAGUUCACCCAAUAUGAAAAUCGACAGUUCGGCGAAAAUGAAAAUCGAUAGUUCGCCGAAAAAGAAAACUCGUCACUUGGAAUCACCGUGUCGACGCAAGGCAUCCACAUCCAAUUUUGAUCGCUCAAAUCUCAGUCCGGAUCUAUUCUGUGGCCAACGAAAUAUCAAUCAAAAUCCAAUGGUUUUGCUGUCGGAAGAAUUUGACGAUUUACUCACGGUAACCACAACAACAACCGAUGCCGAAACCACUGAGAACGAUAUCGAGAUUGUGGACUAUUCGACGGCAGUAAGUGAAGCAGAAGCUGUUGCAGCACAAUUGAAAUUCGCACAACAGCGCAGCCAAAAUCAAUUCUUACGUCCGCCAUCGACCAAAUCGUCGCUGAUCAAUCGAUUUUUACGUAAUGUUACACAAAAGAAAAUUAACGAUAUCGCUGUGAAAAAGAACAUAAUGAUGUCGACCAAAUUCAAGGAGAAGCCAAAACCGUUUGGAAAUCUGUAUGUUAAGCCAAAGAAACCGAUCAAAGUCAUUCAGAAGAGCAUAAUGGAUGAUUUCAAUGCGGAACUUGCUCAAGAAAUGGCUGCUGCCACAGCUGCAGCCGCAGCUGCUGCCGCGGAAAACACAGCGUGUGAAGCCAUCGAAGAGGAUCAAAUCGAUGACGAGGUGAAAGAGGACGAAGAAUAUGGCGUUGGAGUUGGCGAAGUUUCAACCGAUUUCUUUGAUACCAAUCAAUUGCAUAUUUUGCGAGACGAGAGGGAAAAACUGAUCAAGGUCUUUAAAUUGUACACGGGAUACAAUUUACACGGACUCAUGACGCCCGUGUUGGUAUUUUUAACCGACAGAACAUUGUACGUGACCGAUUUAGUACGCAACCGACUUUGCAAUAAAUUUGUAUUGCCUUAUACCGAAUUGGACGUCAUUUUGAUCGGUCCGCAUGGAAACACAGUUCUGCUAAGCAAUAGUGCUCGUGAUAUGCAGCAAGUACUUUUGGCUGGUGGUCCCUACCCAGCAGAUGGAUUGGUUUCCAGUUUGGAAAUGUGUGCUCGUCGUUCAGGCGCUGGACUACCAGCCAUCGGCCAAUUGACGUUCGACCAUUUGGCUCCGCUGCAGAAAUUCGUCAAUGAACAUUGCUCAGCAUCCAGGAACGAUGCCUGGAUUUACUAUGCAGUAGUUAGUGUACCGGCAAACGUGUUGAGUCAUGAAGACGAACCACUUGGUCCAAAUAUUAAAGGGCCGCUGAUGCACCGAAGUCUAUCACUUGCCGGGGAUCAACAGAAUCAACCUUGGUUGGCCGGAUAUUUCCUGUUGAAAGCCGGUGUGUUAUACAUGUUUGCGGAUUCAAAUAAGAAACUACCAUCGAUGGUGAUUGCAUUGAGUGAAUGCAAGGGCGCUCGACGAGCAGUUUGCUCACCACGACCACAUUGCUUCGAGAUCAUGCUAAACACAGGAAUUCUACAAUUGGCCGCACCAGACGAAUACGUUGCCUCAGAAUGGUUAAUUUCAGUGGUGCAAUCGGCUAGCGGACUGUACGAGAAUCAGGAGCGACAUAAAACGCUUGGCUGUACAUUGAUCAUCACGUCCAACCACUUGAUCACUCUUCGCGAGGACUUUUCAUCCCCGUUACGACGAUUGAAUUCCAAGGGAGUGAUGUCACCAGCCAUAACGCGGCCAUACAAAGAUUGCACAACACCCGAUCGUAAAAUGAGCAUAUCGACUGUUUCAGAUGCAACAUUCAAUGACGUAAGCUCAAAUUUGAGCACUCCAUCAAGACUCACGACCUCCAGUCGCAGUUCACCCAUGCACUGGGCAGCUGCAGUACCUCCAGCGGCGCCAUGCGAAGAGAAGAGUUUCUCGAGCAUCAGCAGUAUUUAUGGCAAAAAUUCGGGCGUGGAAAUUAAAACGUGUGCUUCACUUAAGGAGAUGGUUAGUGUACGAAUACCAACACAGAGCGAUCAAUGGUGGUGCAUUCUGGAGUUUUCGUGUCAAGAAGUGCGAGAUUCUUCCGGCGACAUGGUCAUUUUCUUUGCCACAAACUCUGAUAUGCGACGAUUUUUAUCAAUUUUAGAGUCAAUGUGGCAAACCAAAAAUACGGGCCCAUUCCCAAUGUCAACGUUACCGGACGACGACUAUAUAACUGCUCAUGGUAGCAGUUUGUUCAAGAGUUUGAAUCGAUCAUGGGAACCAUUGCUCUCUGCUGCUCUGGGUUUUCCUCAAUGAAAAUUCACCUCAGGAGCAACGGAUGAAGCCACAUUAAACGACUGAUCUGAUUUUUGUAUGCGUAGGAAAUAGUGAACUUUAAUAAGCAGAGCAACGGUCGAUUUUUGGCCUUUGUGUAUCAGCAAUAAAAAAAACAUUUUGAUUUUGUAUUUUAUGCGAUGGACCUAAAUCAAUGGUGUCACAAACGCAAAAAAAAAAAACGGCAGCGCAAGUUCAAAUCGGGUAGAAAAUAUAAAGAAAAAAAAACCUUUAAGGUAUAAUGUGUAUGUAUGUAUGUGUAUGCAGACAAAGUAUUUCAGCAACAGAUUAACCAUUUGGAAAGUUAUUACAAAACCAAUAUACUUAUGAAUAAUUCGAUAUUCCUUCAUGUAUAAGCAACAAGAACAAAACAAACUAUACUCAAACAUACUCAAAAUGUUACCACAUUUGCUAAUGUACUUGAUUUUACUAUAAAAUUUAAUGGAAAAUUUGCUUGUAUUUCAUCUGGGGAAGUCUAUCUAAUGGACAUCUCGCAAAAUAUUCAUGCUUUAAACAUGUAUGCUAAAUUUAAAAGAUAUUCCAUUUGGUUGCACAUUUCUAUUUUUAUUUUUGUGCUUUCGCAGCAAAACAAAAAUGGUUAAAAACCUCGCCGUUAGCCAAUACAAUUGUUACCAUUUUAUUGUGAUAUAAUUUAAUUUAAUUUAGCAAAAUUUAAUUUGAAAAACAAAAUUUUAGACAUUAUAAUGAAUAUAUUCAUUGCAAAAUCCUAUUAUUUCUGAACUCAUGUGGAAGCCCAUGGGCAAAAAGUGUAUAAAAAUUGCUAUUUUUGCUAUCUUUUUAGUUAAUUCGCAAUUUGGAGCGGAAAUUUUUAUGUUUCAUUUCAUUUGGUGUGAUUGGAAAGCUUGAGCUUCGUUUGGCCUUAAACUAAAAAGAAGCUAAACGGAUCUUAAUAUAUAUUGACAAUGCGAUAGAUUUGCAAAGUAAUCUCAAAAGUAUGUAAAGAAGCAAGCAUAAAGUAUUCAUAUCAAAUGUCCCUAUUUGCUGAGCUUGUAACUAAUUUCUUCAAUAUAUGUAAAGUGUACGUUUUUGUUAUGGCAAA